UCCGACUCAAAAGUUUCUGACUUUAAUUAAAAAUGCAAACUAGAUUAGAUUAUCGCGAAAGAGAUAUAAACAACUCGACGAACUAUCAAGAGGACAGGAUAUAAAAAAACAUUACGUCAUUUUUUAAACAAUCAAUCGCGCCUUUGCAUCGCGACAAUAUGGCGUCGCCAAUCGGAUCCCUCGCUUCAUCGCGCUAUCGUCGCUCUUUCGGCUAGGAAACUUCGUCGACUUCACACCCAGCGGCACGCGAGGAAUCGGUUACCUCGUGCGCGCGGGGCGUGCACGCGCAAAGUUGCGAUACGUGAAGUGGAGUGUCUGCGCGAGCCGAUCGUGUUGACAUCUAGGAAGUUUAAGAUGUCGGGGAAUGUUUUGUGGAACGAGCCGCUGGUAUGCUCGCGGACGAAAUGACUUGCUCGUUGUGGCGCACGUCUGCUAAAUUCCGGCCUAAGUUAAAUCCCAAGGUGUUGUAAGGAGCGUCGCGCCGCCGGUGCAGCCGUGCCAGGUCGUCCAGCCAUCUGUCCAGCCGCCGACGCCGACGCCGACGUGUGUGAGGAUCGAGGGGGCAAGAGAGUAAGAAAGAGAGAGAGAGAAAGAGAAAAAGAGACGAGGCCGAGAGAGGAGACGAAGGCGCGAGGACUUUGGUGUGCCAGUGUAUGUGUGUGCGCGUGUACCACUGCCAGGAUCUGAGGUAUCCGCGGGGACCAACCCGGGAUCCGUCGCGUCGUUCCCCUCCUGUUCUCGGUUUUCGCACCUGGUCGACCGACCGCGCUCGCUGACCGCUGGGUGACAAAUGAAAAUUUAUCGCCGGGAAGGUGGUGGACGCGGAUAAGACGUUGGGUGCGGGAACGGGAGAACGCGGGGACACGGACACGUGGUGUGACGCGAUUCUUUUUUCAAAUUCACAUCGCGCAACUGGGAUGGGAGCCAAGGCGAGCACUGUAGCACAAUCCGCUGGUGGCAACGGUCAGUCCUCCACUGGGGCCAACGAGACAACCACGAUGCAGGGCUUCUCCAUGCUCCGCUCCCUGCCUGGUGGCGUGGGCAUGCUCCAGCAUCAGCAUCAGCAAGCGAAUCAGUCGCAGAACACGCGUAUGUCCGGGGACAGUAGACAGCGUGCACGCUCACUGAGCUCCGUGCCGGACCUCUCCUCCGCCGAGCAGGCCGGCCUUUCCACCUCGGUCGGAGUCGGAGUCGGCCAGGCUCUCGGCCUGCCGCAGCUCGACUCCGACGACACGGAUGAGGAAAGCGGUCGCGUCUACGCCGCUCACAGCUUGCCUUCGCACAUUUGGUCCCUCAACGGUCUAAAGUGUCCUGUAUGCUCCAAGUUUAUUCUGCCAGAUGAUAUCGAGUGUCACCUGGUCAUGUGCCUGACCAAGCCACGGCUCAGUUACAAUGAGGAUGUGCUGACAGAUGGAAAAGGUGAAUGUGUCAUUUGCUUGGAAGAAUUACAAUCUGGAGAUCUUAUAGCUCGCUUGCCCUGUCUCUGUAUAUAUCAUAAAAACUGUAUUGAUAAGUGGUUUCAAGUGAAUCGUAGCUGCCCUGAACAUCCUGGAGAUUGAUUCGUACCUGUUGAACUUGAUGGAGUAUAGUGGAACAAGUUGCUAGCCCAGAGGACGUUCACGUCGAUGGGAUUGAGGUGGCAGGAAAUUAAAAAAAAAAGCUAGUCAAGGUGGCUGCUAGUCCGCAAUGGUGAUUGGUGCGUGCGGUUAAUUGUUCGACUGAACGAGACUCGCUCAUCUAAUCGAACACACAGAUAUACAGAAUGUUUAAUUCAAUCUUCAAUUCUACUAUUGUUAAGUGGAGGACUUAAAUAACAAAAAAAAUCGCCAUAGGAUUCAACGAUACAAUGCUAUUACCUAUACGUAUCUAUAAUUAAUCUAUUAUUGCUCUAUCGCUUAAAUAUCAAUUGUACCAUAUUUAUAAAUUUUACUUAGUUUUACAUCUUGAACUCGAUUUAGCGCUUAAGCUGGACAAUCUUUAUUAUUAUGGAUCAUGAUUUUUUCUUUUCUUAUUCUUUUUAUGGUUCUUUUUUUUUCUUUCUGGAAAAGGGAGACAGGACGAAUCUUAGUCAAAGAGGCCUGCAUAGAAGCAGGUGAGCUCUACCUUAGACAAGUUAGUUAUACUUUUAUUGAGUUUUAGUAUUUGAAACGAUAUCGUAAUUUUCCGUUGUCUGUUGGGGAAUGAGUGCUAGAAAGGAUAUUUUUGAUACUUUCAUAAAAGGGAGAGCCAGAAUGUAUAAGAGUUUUCGAGUUUUUGCUGGAAAUGACGACGUAACACUGUUGAUGCUGUAGUAACAAUAAAGGUUCUGAUUUAACCUUCCUUACUGAGAUUCAUACUAAUGUGAUAAUCUCUUUUGUUGUUAUUAGAGAGAAUUGAACACGCUCCGUGUUACCGAGAUGUACAGUCUAUUAUCGAUUACACGAAGAUUAUUACCUACUGUAUAAUUAAUCUCUUUUGUAUAUGGAUAAGGAUUGACAUAACCCAGCAGAAGUAGUUUUUGUAAUACGAACAAUCAAAGUCUAUCAUUGUUCCAGUAAUAUAUGCAAACCGUGUAUGUUCGGCUCGAGGACUUGUCUUUGUGUGAGGUUUAAAGGAAUUACAGAGCAAUGAUACAUACGAAGAAAAUGGAAAAAUGAAGAUGGCGCGAUGAAAGGGAGAAACUAGAUAUAAAUUAUGUUAACAAAACCGAAUGCGUAAAUAUAAAAUAUGUACAUAUACAUGUGUACAUAUAUAUAUGCAUAUUCUCGCGCACUUUCUCUCGACAGAUAUAUAGAAUAUAUAGAUAUAUAUCGGGUAAACACUUUUUUCACCGAAAAAAAUUAAAAAAUUUACACGAGUCGAGAGAGUUGCUCGUUUUGGACUACAAGCAGUCUUUAAAGAAAAUGAUAUAAUUAAUGUAUUCGAAAUUCGAAAGAUUAUUUAGAGAUAUCAAGAAAUUAAUAAAUUAACUAAUAAUUUCAAAGAAAAAGUAUCUGUAUUCAAGAGAAAGUGCGCGACGCCUAAAACAUCCAGUAUGUAUAUAUAUGCGCACCUUUUUUAAGCUAUACGAGAGGUAAGUGGCCGUAGCGACAAGCUCGAUUUCGUAAAGAAAUUUUUAAAAAUAAAGAAAAAAAGGGUGGAAGGGGGAACCGAGAUAAAAUGUCGGUAGUAGCGAUAACAAUGUUGCGGGGGAAGGUCUUUGUAUUUCGUUACUGAUACGAAACGAGGAUUGUGUCUCGCGGCGCUCUUGGUUGUUUAUCGAUUUUACGAUAAUGUAAGGCUCGUUUUAUGCGAUGAUUAAUACAAAGAUGGAAUGCGAGGAAGAAAGCGGAAAGUAUGAGCGCGCGAUGACGAGGAACGCAAAUAGAUAGCGUAUGUCCUAUGACUUACUGCUGCAAGCACGUGUGUUGCAUGUGUGCUGUGUAUCGUGCCGCGACGCGCAUUCACGCACGUGCUCGUUUUAAAUCUCGGUAGCGGUAUUCCGUAUUGCGAAUUUGAAUAACAAUUAUGUAACUUUUUUCUUAAGAGGAAAAUGUGAAAAGUAAACAAUUUUGUCGUUGAAGUAAAGGGAAAUUUAUUUUUUAUAUUUCCGUCUUAAGGGAAAAAUUACAUAAUCUAUCUGAUUCAUCUCUUAUUGUACCUUUUCACACUUGCUGUAUUUAAAAAAAAUGAAAGGCGGCGGUGUAUUUGUGAGUAAAAUAGUAAUUUUCAGGAAUUAAAUUUAAAAUAAUAAUGCGAUACUCAUUUUUUUUAAUUAUUACAAACAAAAAAAGAAUAAUGAAGGAAAUAACGAUAAUAAGUUUAAUGUUUGUUCGUAUCUAUAUGUCUUUUAUUUUCCAACUACAGAAUGUUCCUGAAUCGCCGCAUAUUUAGUUUUGACCAUUACUUGACAAACUUUAUGUUAAAAUUCCUGAAACUUUAAUAUUUAAUGCAACAUUUAAGAAAUAUUUUUGUUAUUUAUUUUUCCUCUGAAAUUUCAUCAAAUAACCGUAAGUUUUAAUUGUUUGACUGUAUAAUAUUUUAAAAUAAAGAUUAAUUUGAAAUUGUUAAAAAAAUUUCACGACUGGUUCUUGGGACAUCUGUACAGAAUUGUAACAGACCGUCGCCGUAAUUAUUUACCGAUAGUUUUUGUUGCUCUAAAAUAUAUGAUAGACAUAAAACAUAUUCCUCUACUUAAGGGACUGUCACAAUAACGAUACUUUUGUUGUUUUAAGAUGUACGGUACGGAAUUCCUCUACCUGAGGGAUUGUAACACAAUAACGAUCUGAUUGUCACCAAAAAAUAAAAACGUGAAAGUCCGAGAAAGUGCGUCUAAUCUAGCUCCAUAGAAUAAAGAGUUUGCGAAAGGAAGGCGGAUGGAAGCCUAAACUCGCAGGAUUGUAACUGUGGACACACAGGUUGUAUAAUGAAAUCAUUUGUAUGUAUGACACUAUUGACUUAAAUAUAUAGUUUAUAAGCUACGUUCGAUUUACAAGACGUCUAAUUUUACGAAUUGUUUUUUUAUGUGCGACCGUGCAAUCGCGCAUAAUUAUGAGUAAAUGUUUUGAAUAAUUAUUAUACAAGACA